AUGCAUUCGGAUCCAGAGACCUUCUCACAGCUCGCUUCUGCAAUUUCUGGCCUUCACCUCCAACCACCACCUGAACGUGUCCUCCCGUCAGAGAACAUUGUAACUCAAGCACGCGAGAAGUUACAGAAAAAUCUCUCUACCUCUGGCAUUGGCUUUGAGGAAACGAUCAGGCAUAUCCGAGACGACCUCGCCCCGGGCUUCAAUGGUUCCAGCCGCUCGCCCAACUACUACGGCUUCGUGACCGGCGGCAGCACGCCUGCCGCGGCACUUGCCGAUCAUAUGGUCACUAUCUAUGACCAAAAUGCCGCAGUUCACCUUCCGCAAGAGUCGAUAGCAACAAAUUUGGAGGAUGCUGCUACUUCAUUAUUGGCCCAACUGCUGAAGCUCGAACCAUCACAGUGGCCGCACCGUGUUUUCACUACCGGAGCAACAGCAAGCAAUGUGUUAGGUCUGGCAUGUGGCAGGGAGUAUAUUAUUGCUGAGGCUUCCGCCCACCGAAGCGACACUGUGAACAGUGUAGGUGAGCUGGGUAUUGUGGAGGCCAUGCAUCGCGCUGGCAUCGACAAGAUUCAGAUCUUGACCACCGUGCCGCACUCUUCACUCGUCAAAGCCGCUGGUGUUCUGGGCCUGGGUCGCACGUCAGUAGUAGAUAUCGGUCUACCAGGUGCCUCGCACAGAUUCGACGUCGCUCAGUUAAAGAAGCUGCUUGAGCAACCUGGCACUGCUUCCAUUGUAGCCAUCUCUGCAUCUGAAGUGAACACUGGAUUGUUCGCUACCUCAGGAUUAGAAGAGAUGCAGGAGAUCCGCAAGCUAGCCGACAUGUAUGGUGCCUGGAUCCACAUCGAUGGUGCAUUCGGUAUCUUGGGAAGAAUCCUUACUUCCCCAAGCUACGCCGACAUCAUCGCUGCCUGUGCAGGUCUCGAUCUCGCAGACUCUAUCACUGGUGACGGGCACAAGCUACUGAACGUGCCUUACGACUGCGGCUUCUUCUUUUCGCGCCAUCGCGAGAUACCGGAACGCGUCUUCCAGAACCCUAACGCCCCGUACCUCAGCACCGGAGCGGCUACUGAUGCGAUUGUGUCGCCCUCAAACGUCGGGCUCGAAAACUCGCGCCGACUCCGUGCGCUACCUGUAUAUGCCAACCUAAUAUCAUAUGGUGCAGAUGGGUAUCGGGACAUGCUUGAACGGCAGAUUGACCUGUCAAAGGGAAUCGCCGAAUACAUCAUCGACAGUCCAGACUUUGAACUACUUCCGGAGUCAGACCGCCCCAAGGAGGAAGUCUUGAGGGGCAUCUACAUCAUUGUUUUAUUUAGGGCCAAGGAUGAGGGCUUGAACAAAGAACUCACUAGUAGGAUCAAGGCAAGUCGCAAGAUCUACGUAUCAGGCACUGCAUGGGACGGUCAGCCAGCGUGCAGAUUCGCGGUGUCAAACUGGAUGACGGACGCGAAGAGAGAUCUGCCGCUCAUCAAGCAAGUGUUGGCCGGGGUUGUUGAGGGCUGGAAGAAGGCAUGA